GGCGAGUAGGUUUAUCCACGGUACACAGUAUUGUGCCACAUAAAAACUUGCCUGCGUCGCUCGAGUCGUCCAACGCGAUUACGCGAGGUGGGAACUGUGAGAUCGGUGUAGUAAAAGUAGCUCUCUUUGCGCGAGUGUAUUUUUAUGCUCAAUAUUUCAAAAUCUAUCUCCGUUUGAAGGCCAUUUAAUUGUGCAUACUGAUAGACGUUAUUGUCACUGGUCGGAUACACGAAAAAAUAAACGUCAUGGAACGCCAAGAACAUCACUUGUCACAAUAAGACGGAUAAUAAAUAAAUAGGGCUGAAAUACAACGGCGCGUCGGUAGCAAUGUUGGAUAGUGAACUCUAUUGAGCGAUGCCAUUGAAGUGACUUUUGUAUAUGAUCCAAUGGCAGAUUAGUUAAAAGAAAUUAUAAUUAUACUGGACUUGUGAUUAUGAUAAAACACUGUUUAUCAAAAGGUGUCUUAGUAAUCGCCAUGGACUGGAGACCUCAAAAAGGAACACACACAUACCGAUGAAGAUUGUCGAGGCCACAGACUUUUAAAUAGUCAUGGAUGACCCUUCUGUCAUACAAGAUACACCCCCUAAAAAGGAGGAACUAAAUAGUAGCAAUGAGCCUGAAAAUGCGUUAGAAGAGAAUAUAGAACAAGAGUCCUUUUGUAGUGCUAAAGACGAAAAAACCAGUGACAGUGAUCUAAGCUCCAAUGAAGAUCAGAAUAAUGUAAAUAGUAAUACCAACUCUCAGUUUUAUGAGAGUAGUGAUAGUAAAAUAGACUAUGCUGUAAAAAUAGAUGAUAGUGAUACUUUAAGCGAUAUAGAAGAUAUAAAAACGGACACAGCUUCAGCCGACAGUGAGGAUUCUGCGCUUGGCAGUUUGCCUCCUGAUGGUGUACCAAAUGAAAGAGAAGAAGAAGUUCAAGAUCGUUCAGAUGGCAGUGACUCCGGAAUUGGAUCGGAAACAAACGAAGAUUCUAAAGCACCGUCUUUUAAUCUGUCAUUACCAUGUACUAGCGGUGUAGGUAACAAUAACUCAAGCGAACAUAGACCAAUUCAAAAUAAUACAAGUAUAAAUGACAACUCUGGUGAUAACAGCAAUAAUCCCAUUUCAAUACAAAAACAACAAUCGCUCAGAAGUAGUCUUAAACGGAAAUACUGCUCAGAAGGUAACGAUGAACCGCAAUCGAAAAGGAGGAAAGAAAGUAUACAAUUUGACAAUGUCACUGUGUAUUAUUUUCCUAGAGCUCAGGGUUUCACUUGCGUCCCAUCACAAGGUGGUUCCACUCUUGGAAUGGAAUGGCAGCACACUCACACACAAAAAUUUACUUUAGCUGAACAUGCUUUAGAACAAAGACGACUGCACAGACAAAUUUUACAACAAUUAAAAAGUGAACGUCAUACCCUUCAAGGUGCAUCUCUAUCGUCGAGCGAAGAUAGCGACACUGAAGAAGAAGCUAGCGAUAUAUCGGAGUCAGAACUAGAUUUAGACAGUUAUUAUUUUUUGCAGCCAAUUCCGACACGACAAAGGAGAGCGCUUUUACGUGCUGCAGGUGUUCGGAAGAUAGAGGGUUAUGAAAAAGAUGAAUGUAGAGACAUCAGAACUUCUCGUGAAUUUUGUGGGUGUUCGUGUAAAGGAGCUUGUAAUCCUGAAACUUGUUCAUGUAGUCUGGCUGGAAUAAAGUGUCAAGUCGAUAGAUUAAACUUCCCUUGUGGAUGUACAAGAGACGGUUGUGGAAAUACCACUGGUCGGAUAGAAUUUAAUCCCGUAAGAGUACGCACGCACUUCAUUCAUACUCUUAUGAGAAUAGGUCUUGAAAAGAAAAAUGAAGAAAACCAGGAAGCAGCUAGAAGACAAUGGGCGGAAGCACACAAUGCGACAGGUUCAAGGUGCACGCCAAACACAUAUGACAGAGAACGUUGUCAGCGUCACGACGAUGGCUUACUGCGUGAUGUCAGUUUAAGUCCAAGAGUAGAAGUCGAAUCCUGUGUAAACGCUGGAAAUUUCAACAACGUCCAUUGUGAUAUAAAUACUAAUGUUAAUCAAAAUAAUAUACAAGGCGAUAUGAAUUAUGGAUACCGUAAUGAUGCAGUCACCGGUACAAUGAACGAAAGUAAUAUGCAUUACCAAAACAUGAGCAGUCACCAUAACCACGCCGACCCAUACACUUCUAAUAUUCUGCAGGGAAAAGGACCACCUUACUCUGUUACAAACGCAAUGAAUUACGAUUCUAUGCCAAAUAACAUGCAUCUCAAUUACGCCUACGAGCAGCACAAUGAAAAUCAACAUUUCAAAGGUUUACAGAGUUUUUCUGCGACAAGCUUUGAAGAAUUCGCGCACAAUUCUCAAAUUAAUAUGUUUAGUCAUUACGGUCACAUGUACGUGCCACAUUAUUUGCAUAAAUCAAACACUAAUAUUAAUGAGCAUAAUUCCCUGCAGUAUCACAACAUGCCUCAAAACCAGUAUGAUGUAUACAAAAAUAAUAAUCCUUCAGAAUAUAUGGAACCAGAAAACAAAGGUGAAUCACAAUAUACAACUCUGAUGUCGUUGCCAUAUCAAAGUAGCAAUAAGAUACAGUCUGUUGAGAACGAUGAGAACUGGUUCAGUCAUAAUACCCUUUUGGGCUUGGACCAUGCUGAUCACGCCACACAAGAUGCCUCGGACUUGCCUCCCCAGCCCGCAGAGACGCAACCAGAAAGCAAUACAGCUGAGACCACGGAAAAUUUCGGAGAAUUAAUCAAAAAAACUAUGGUAGAGUCUGUUAUUGUGUAGAAGAAUUAUUUGUUGUCGUCAUUAUGGAUUAUCAUGUUAUUAAAUUUUUAAUUAUAUUGAUUGGGACUUCA